UCCCGUGGCAGGUCAAAAACCCACGCGCACCCGGCGCAUCGCACACCGAAGCACACUCCCGCACCCCCGUUGCCACUCUCCGCUCCCCUCCUCCCAUCUCCUGCUCGAGGCACAGCCCCUUCUUCCGCCGGAACUCUCCACAGCGCUCUCCUCUGCUCCGGCCUUCUCCAGCUCGCCAUGGAGGCGCCGCUGCUGGUGGCCGCGCUGCUGCUCCUGUCCUCGACCCUCGUCGUCUCCGAUUUCUGCGUGUGCAGGUCGGAGCAGCCGCAGGCGGCGCUGCAGAAGACCAUCGACUACGCGUGCGGGGCGGGGGCGGACUGCAAUUCGAUCCACGAGCAGGGGCCGUGCUACAACCCCAACAACGUCGUCGCGCACUGCUCCUGGGCGGCCAACAGCUACUUCCAGAAGAAGAGGGCCAUGGGCGCCACCUGCGACUUCGGCGGCACCGCCCUCAUCAUCUCCACCGACCCAAGUUCUUCAGGCUGCUCCUACCCCUCAAGCGCAAGUGCUGCUGGAACAUCAACGACUCCGACCGGGACUGGGACUGGGAUCGGAGGCACAACAGGGGGAACUGGAGGCACCUUCACGCCCGGUGCCGGCACUAGCACCGGCGGCAUGGGAGGAACCGGCACGGGGACGGACACCACCAGUGGGGCUACCGGCACCGGGUUUGGCGGCCUGGGUCCAACAGGCACGAGCAACAUGGACACGGCAGCAGCGGGCUUGCACACAAGGUCCCGAGCCGUAGAGCCUGCCUUCCUCGCCCUGCUCCUCUUCUUCCUGGCAUUCGCAUGAAGCUGGAUCGCUCGCUCACAUUCGGCCAGGGUAGAAGAAAGAAACCGCUUUGGUAAGCUUGUCGCAGGGCUAGUCUGAUCCAAGGACAAAUGAUGAAAAACCUGAUAUAUCUGAAGGUGUCAUCCUGUCCAAAAGAAGAAGAAGAAGAAAAACCCUGCUUCUUUCU